CCAAGCGGAGUUUCCACGACAGCUGGAAGCCGAGCGACACAGGCGCAUCGUUUCUUUGCUGAAAUUAUCGGAAAUAACGAGACUUCUGCUCGUCUCACCACCCCCAGAUAAACCCUGGUCUGGCAUGGGCGACAAGAGGAGUCCGACAAGGCCGAAGCGUCAACCGAAGCCCUCCUCCGACGAGGGGUUUUGGGACUGCAGCGUGUGCACGUACAAGAACACGGCGGAGGCUUUUAAGUGCAUGAUGUGUGAUGUCAGGAAGGGGACAUCAACAAGGAAGCCUCGUCCCGUCUCCCAGCUCGUCUCUCAGCAGCAGGUAACGCAGCAGUUCGUGUUGCCCUCGCAGCCCAAAAAAGAAAAGAAGGAGCGGGUGGAGAGGGAGAAGAGCGACAGAGAGCCGGCGCUCAAGAAGAACAGUCACAAGAAGAUGAGGCCAAGGUUAAAAAACAUCGACCGCAGCAGCGCCCAGCACCUGGAGGUGACGGUCGGGGACCUGACGGUCAUCAUAACGGACUUUAAGGAGAAGGCCAAGCCCUCGUCCGCCCCGGCCACCUCGUCCAGCUCCGCGUCGUCGGUCGACCACCACAGCCAGAACGGCUCCAGCUCGGAAACCACAGAGAAGGGCCUGUCCCGCUCGUCCUCGCCGCGGGGCGAGGGCAGCUCCGUCAACGGGGAGUCGCACUGAGUCGGCCCCGUCGGGGGGUGGGGGGGGGUGGGAACCCUCGCCUCCACACACAUCUCAUCCCGCCUCCACGUCAAAGCUGCACAACCCUGACUGAACCCUGCAAGUUCUGCUUACUUCUAUUAGGAUCGCUCACUUUUUAUAGUUUGAGUUUAAUCUGUUGAACGAGUUCCGCCGCAGCGGGAUUCUGUGUUCUAGAAAGCAAUACAAACCUCUUCUGGAUUCUCUCUUUUUUUUUUUUUUAAACAGCUAUACGCUCUACUCACCUGAAGGAAGCCACACUCGGCCCAAAGCCCACUGCUAGAAUAUUUACUCACAGUUUGACUCCGAACUUUUCAGAACUGACUGAGAAAUAUUUCUAGAGAGUGUUUUGGACAACUUUUGGAGAAGCGUGCUGGAUUUUAUUGCCGUUUCCUGAAUGACUCGGCUUUUUUUUUUUUUUUCCCCCUCUCUCUCCUCACAAUAUUUUUGUUAAAGAAACACGUUCACGCCACCAUCUGUGGAGCUUUCCGCCUGCCUGGAAUCCUCACCCACACCGACCCGCCGCUCCCGAUCUGAAAAACUUUCAGCUUUUCUCCCUUCAGACUGCCUCUGCUGUCGAGAAACUUGUUUUUGUUUUUGUUUUUUUAACACAAUAUAGCAACUGUACUCUUUGUAGCACCCCUGGGUGUUUCUGAGUCAUCUUUCAGGGCAGGAGCAUCAGCGGGCUGUAUAAAGGACUGCAUUGAGGACGACGUUAAAGGACGACGCCAGUGUCAUUGCGUUGGAGCCACAGUCAGCUGGCUUCUCCACUGCCCUCCAGCUGUAAGCGCAGCUCCAGUCGUUACAUCCGUUUGUCACAGUCAGCUUCCCUCCAGUAGUAUUUAAAUCUGCCGCUUUGUUUGCAUGAAGUAGAAAAGUUCACUGCUCACUAAUUGUUGAUCCCACGGUCUCCACAGAAAGAGGCGUAUCGCAGGCGCAUCUCAAAAAACGAGACAAUCAGGAAAGUUAAUUUUUACAUUUAUAAUAUGAAUUGAAAAUUUUCAACCAUCUUUUUCUAUUUUCCUGCUGAUGAUCAUGAUUUCCGGUUUCAGGAAAAACAGCUGAUCUCAUGCGAUAUAUUCGGGUUUCACGGUUGAACUGAUCCAUUGUUAUUCUUGUUUUUUGUGAUGCACCUGCACCGAUAAUGCUGUCAAAUUUACAAAUGCACUUCACAUUUCGAGAGAGACUCCCUGUUGCACAUUCGCUGAUGGAGAAGGUGACGGAGGGGGGGGGCCGUGGCUCCAGCUGACACUGGCUUUUUUUUACCUUUUAAAUCGCACCGUUCUGCACAAGGAGAGGGGGCCGACGCCGCGCCGCACCCGAGGAAACGGAUCCGGCGAGGACGGAGCGGAGAGCUGAAUUUUUGGACAUGCACUUUUCUGAGCUGCACAGGUGUCGACGUCUCGCAGUGCGACGGACUUUCAGAAAGCGACGUAGCAAAACGGCCAGAGCUUUUUAGUGCCGACGGAACUCCCAGCAGAACAACUCUAGAUCAACCUAACUACACAAUAACUUAUAAAA